AUGAAUGUAAGUGGAGAUUACGGAUUUAAUCCAGCGCCUUAAGUAAGAAUCAGUCUCCCUCCUAUCGCUUAUUCCUCUCCAAAUUCCCCAAGAAUAAGUCCAGGCAAUUCUCCAAUGAAUGAUUAUGGAUACAAAGUUUCAAUUCAAGAUGUGAUAUCCUCUAAUAAAAAGAUAAGCGACGAUUGGGGUGUCUCUGGCUAUCAAAUUCCAAAGUUUAAUCCUCAUAUGGAUAAACCAGUUGCUUAUUAAUUGGCUAAAGACAAGUCUAAAGGUUUCUUCGCUGAAAUAUAAAAAGCUAAAAGCUAUAUACCUGGGCCAACUUAUGAUACCUCUGUUUCAAUGAUUAUGAAGUAGAAGAUGUCUAUUUCUAAGUUACCUAGGAUAACAUUUGCUGAAGAAAUAAUCAAGAAGGCUAGUAAGUUACCCAGCCCAGGAUAGUAUAACACAGAAAAAAAAUAAAAACCAGUGGGAACUUUUAUAUAAUAAUCUGAAAGAAUAGGCUUUUUAGAUGAUGCUAGUUACCUUUCUUCUUUAACUCCUGCUCAUUAUGAUUCUACUAAUUUAGACACAAUAAGGCAGAAAAAUAGAGUAGCCAGAAUAUAUGCAGACAAGAGAGAAAAAGGAGUUGAGUUCGAAAAAGAUGAUUCGCCAUCACCGAAUUCAUAUCCAGUUGAGCAUGCCUUCAAAAAUAUUAAGCCCAGAUAAUAUAAUGUUAGAAUCGGAAAACAAAAGGAUCUUAAUUUUAUUGAGAGAACUUUGAAAACAAAGUCAUUGAUACCUUCAGUUGGUUAGUAUGAGGUUACUACAGCUGAUAAAUAUAUUACUAAGGGGAAAAAAUCUUAUAGAUGA